CGUUCAUCAGUUCAGUGCGAACGUGUGAUCCGAACGAAAGCUCUUUCUCGAAGCUCUCCAUUCCUGGUCGCAGCGACAACUAUAAAGAAUAGUACUUGUGCAAAACAUCACAGCCUACUACUUUGAAGUUUACCAGUUACUAGUGCAGAUUUCGAACCGUUUGACCACACCGUUUUUGCGGACGGUUGGUUGGUAGUGAAUUCGAAUUCCCCCGACGCGGGGCGGAAACGAACGGGACCAGUUGGUGGUGAGUGUGUGUACAGCUCCAACCGUCGCCCUGUUCCGCUAACACCGGUUCGGUGUUUGUAUCCGGGGGAUCCACCCCGGCGCUGUCGUCGAUCUCAGUCGAAACAGUGCUGGCAGCCGGAUCGGAUUGUUCACUCGGGCGAGUCGGAUGCGCACUUGCUGAUCCUCCGCCGCAGGAAAUUUGAAAUUGUAAGGAAAGUUGGCCCCGCGAACUGUGUCCGAUUGCAGGACGAAGGAAUAUAUAGGGUCCUGCUCAGCAGAAAAGGUGAAAAUACUGAAUUUUUUAUAACGCUUCCUUCGCUGCGACGGGCAGCAUAAAGCAGGCAAAGGAUUAACCUAGUAAAAGUUAAUUUUCCCCGUGUUUUGGCUUUCCGAGAAGAGGAAAGUAUAAUAAGCGAACGAAGCGGGGUUUCUUUCUCAACUCGGUAGGUGGUGUGAGCUCUGAAAAGGAAAAGGAAAAAUAAUCGGAGGAAAAUAAGUGCUCAGUGAUGUGCUGCUACCGGAAACCGAUAACCACCGACAGCGAGAGCGGAAAGGCGAAAUUGGCGAAGGAAAUUGCCUGCUAAAAUUGCGCCGAUUUGCGUUGUCAGUGAAAUCAGUCAGUGAGUUUUCACGAAUUGUUCAAGGUGAACGGAGGAAAAAUAAGAGAAUAAAAAGCGAGUGGUUCAGUGCUAGCGCCUAUAACCCACCCGGUAGUGGUUUUUGAACGAUUAAAAAAUGAGAAACAUCAGCGCCGGCGGGCUUUGCCAGCUGAUUUUCCUAGCCAAUGUGAUUGCCGUUGGCUACUCGCAGGUUGCGGUGAAAGAUGCCGACGACACCGUGAACGCCGGAUCCAUGGAAAAGAAACAACACGUCAACAAGCAACUAUCGAAGCAUCGACAUCGGCGUGAAAAUGGUGCCGAUUACGGUGGUGGAGGAACAGCGGGUGGCCGACAGGAAACCAUUACCGAUGCCGAUGAUGGCGAAUUGGAAAAUUUCAUUGCACUAGCACCGGACGAAGCGGAUAUUUAUAACUUUUCCAACAAUCUCAUCAACGCGGUAGAUAAUGUCGGUUUGCCGGCUGGUGGAGACGAUGCAAACGACGGAGGCGAACUGAUGGAGAAUGCAAAUGAAGCGAAUCCUUUUAAUGAAUUUCUUAAUCCUCGUCAGCACGAAGAGAAACAGCGGCAGGUGGAGGAUUCGUGGGGUUUGGAUAUGGAUGAGCAGCUUCCACGGCCGGAACGGGAACGGGAGGAGCAACCGGAGGACAACGAUGUGGGAAAGAGCAAAUAUCUUAAACCACUGAAUCGAAGCCAGCAGACGAGCCCUCUUCUAGCCAGCAGUAUUGAUUUCCUGAACUCCAUUGAUGGUGGUUAUCUACUGUCGAACGGGAUUAUCGAUGAGAAGGGCAGACAACUGGAGGAUGAUAACAGCUUGUCAACGUUGAAGCCGGAAGCCGGGGAGGCGGAAGAGGUAAGCGACGAUGACAUAUUCGAGCAGAUGCAGAAAAAGGCCAAAUCGUACCGUUUGAAGUUGUACAAGAAGCACAAAAAUUUCAAACAUAGUCAUCAUCACAGAGGCGGAUACUAUCAUCCCGUGUAUCAGCAUCACCACCAUCAGUACUAUCGACAGAAAAUGUUGGAACGGGAGCGGGAUCGUUGGAAGCAACUUCACGAGCAGCAGUUGAAGGCUGAUUAUCAGGGGAAAAUUCGAUACUUUGAUAGUUCCAAUAAACUGGAAUCGAAGGAUGAUAUAAGGGCACAUCUUGAUGGAUAUACUAGCCGUGAGCAGUGGCCUCACUUUGAUAAGGUUAUAAAUUCGUUGAAUAAAGAACAACAACAGGAUAAUGUUCCGCCGUAUAUUAAGAAGUAUAACCGUAGAAACAAACAGUUGAUUGAUCUGUUGGAGGGUACAAUUGCUCCGCUUUCGGAUUACAGCCAACGACAUCACGAGAGAAAGUACCAUCGCAGAAAAAAUCCGAACUGGAUGGAGGAGGAUCUGUUUGAACAGCAGCGUCCCAAUCAGAACAAUCUCGGUUUGCAACGGAACUAUAUCCAGGAAACGAUUCAAUCAUCUACGGCACACUCAAACUCCCUUCCAGGGGAAGCAAUCCACAUCAUCUACGAUAAGAAGCAAAACGACAACAAUCAUGAGUAUGGUCACCCCGCAACCGGUAUCGAUCCUAACCACCCGUACAAACUAUCAUCCCGGGCCGGUCAAUUUGUGUAUCACCGGGUAGCGUCUCCGCAGCUUGUCGGCGGUGGCUACGGACGUCUCAAACGUCAGCGGCUUCCAUUCGUGGCGAUCACCGAUCGCCGUCUAGGAUCACCGCCAAAGCGUCGGACAAACGGUAGUAGCAACAGUAAUGCAGCCAUCGCCAGUAGCAGUGACAAUUCCGGUAGUAACAAUCUACUGAAUCACCAACCGAUGCCUUAAGCAAAAACAAACGUCGCAGUCUCUACCAUCGGAGGCACUCAAUUUUAGUCCGACGAGAAAAAAAAUGAAAGAAAAACCGGAACAUUACCACUUUCUGCGAUUAUGGAGCCCUAGUUGGGGAUCUAUUUCGCGUAUAAGGCAGCUGCUCUUUCUAGAAUAGACUCUAAAUAAACAAAAACAUUCCUUUCGUUUCUUUCCAAGGAUUCGCACUUUUCGGGCGAUAAUCAAAAACUAAAAAUCCGUGUAAACUCACCGUUUGUGCGUACUGUCACUUGCCCGGAAAUAAAGUCACUAAAACUGUUCAACAAGCAAAAAACAAUCGAAACCAUUUGACAAUAACCACUUGAGGGUAGCUCGAUUCAACACUAAAAAAAGAGAAACAAAAGUAACGCCGUUUGAGAAUAAAAGAGUAUCUAUUUGACAGCACAGUGACGCCAACAACCGCCUCCCACUGGAUGGGGGUAACCUGCUAUAAAAAUAAACACAUCCUAGUAAGCAGUGCAGUGCAGCGGCUCGCUCGCACACAAUGCAAGCUGAUCGGAAAAUGAAGCUGCUCUCGAGGUAAGCUAAAAACUGCAAUACAAAAGAGACGGCUAACGAUCGCAUGGUGUAUCGUUGUCGUUUAUUGUUAAGGAAAUGGAGGAGAAGGUUAACAAGGAAAAAAUGCUGUCUUCUCGUCUCGUCUCGUCGCGUUUGCUUGAAAUGCGAUUCAAUCGAGUCGAGUGCAGUAUUGGACUGCAUCCGGUCUAUAUCUCGAUACAUAUACAACAAGUGACGCUCGAGGGGUUAACAGAUUUUGAUGAUUGUGUGUGUGUGUGAGUAAGUGUCCGGAAGCGGAAACAAUCAUUUCAGCUGGUUGACAGUUCAGAAGCUGGGUAAUAACAGGCAGAUAAUGGAAAGUGAAACACCACCACAAUCAGUAGUGACAGCGGUCGCACAAAGAGGUGCUGGAUCGAUGAUUAACUUGCGGAACGAUUAUUAUUGGUCGAAAGAUCAUACUUGAUAAUCAGAGGAAAGAAAAACAACGGUGCAUCUAUUCGUUAUCGUUUGGUAAUGACACCGAUGAUACAUGGCCGGAUAUAAGAUAAACACGAUGACAAUAUAUAUUUAUUAUAAACUAAAUUAAUAAAGAAAUUUACGUAGUAAACAAAGUCACACACUAACACUUGAACAGAAAGGAUAAAAACAAACUCUAUUAUAUUUACUAACAUAUCAGAAUGAAUCUUUGAUAAAAGAAACUCCAGAAUCAAAAUGGCGCCCAUCGCCCGAAAAAAGCCCCGUUUUGCUUUCCCCAACUGUUAUGUACGGAAAUAUUAGCAAAUACACCUGCCAAGCUCGGGCAGAACGUUUUGUAUGUAUAAACAAUAGACAAGCCAUCGACCGAUGCACGCGUUAGAGUCAAUUUGCACCUAGCAAGCGAAGUCAAUAUCACAUGUUCACAUUAAACCACCGACACUCCGAUAUUCCCGUUCCUUUCCUCAAACUCACAUACACACACGUGUACACGCAUCUCCAGCGAAAAUAGCCGUGCAGAACGACGCCUACUCUGACUGCCAUUUGGAUUCUGAUCAAUUUUGACGUUUGCGUUAAGAUUUUUCGGUUCCGUUAGACGAUUUUUAAGUGUGAUUCUUUCAAACACGUGAAAAAGAAAAAACUAAGGAUAACGAAAUCCGGAGGCGGAUAAAAUAUGAAAACAUGACAAUAAGCAAAAGGAACCACAAUUUUUUCUAGCAUUUUAUAGAAAGCUUCCCGGAGAUGGAAUCCGAACAGUGUUGAUGCCAAUUUUCUUAUCGGACAGCAACGCUUGAUUGUUGCUGUGGAACGGUGUCGUAAUAUCAUAACAAAAAAAUAACUAUAUAUGGAAAGGUAGAAACAAAAACAAAUAAGCAAUAGACUUUGACAAUACCUUUCGGAGGGAAAGUUCCACAGUGGAAAACAGUUUUAAAACAAGACCCUCGAAAACAUAAUGCCAUCACCAUAGCGCAAGUUAGUAAUAAACAGCGGUGAUCGGAACGUUUAACAUAACAUUCGUGAUACUCUUUAAAAAGCACGUGAAAAAAAUAAAAAAAUAUUCAGAAUUAAGUUCCUUUCUGUUCGAGUUGAGUUUAUCGAAUUACAAAUGGUGGUUCAAUGUAAAUGUAUCCGACAAACACUACCCAAAAACCGAUCGAUACACACUGACGAGAGGAAAGUUAUAGUCAAUUUUCUGUGGAAAAUUCAACCGAAACCAACAAUUGCACCGCUUUCAGAAUGAAAAUCCACAUCCAUUCAAGCAAAUCACGUAUAAACACGAAAUGUUCAACCAAGGAAAAUGCACUUUUAGGAUAAUGGUAAGCUAUGUUAGUUUAUAGAAUGCAAAAUAAAAAAAAACAAUAGCUAUUUUACUACUAAAUUAAGGAACUGUACUUCUACUGUAGACUAACAACCGCCUACUGGGGGCUACCUUCUCAUAUACAUAUAAGAGGAACACAUACAUACAAGCAUACACACAACCCAACACAGUUCCACACGAAAAUGAACAUAUUACGACAAAGUAAGCUAAAUAUGUACUUAGAUAUGUCACUUAUUAAAACCGCAGUAACCAAGGUGCUGCGGGCACUGAACCCGAAAUUUAAGGCAUCUAUUCGUAAACGGUAUUAAAAAGAAAACCAAUGUAAGCUAUCCAAACUACGAAUCAACAACAAGAACCGCGGCACAUCUUCCCCCCAGAAAUAGGGCAAGACAUUUUUACACUUUUACUCCUGCCCAGUUUCCGGGGCCAGAGCCCAUCAAAACCGGAAAAAAACGUUAGUAUAUACAGUCAGCACCUGUCACACUACCAACACAGUAGCGCUUUUCAAAAUGUUUUAGAAUAGAAAAUACCUGCCUACAGUGUGUUUAGCCUAAUUUUGAUUGUUUACGUACUGCUAUCUACUUGACCGACGUCGAAAAAGUUGUUUGGUCUUUGACUCAGAACCGGUUCGAUUCUAACCCUAAUUGCUGUCAGUUAGAGCUGGUAAGAUCAAUUUGACGCAUUCAAACGAAUCUAUUGACUACAUCUUCUGCUUUCUAAUCACACUCUAAUGAGAGAACUGUAGCUAGAGAACCCGAUUCAGUUUCUACACAAACACAAAACCGCACACAACCGACUAGAUUUGUUUACAUUCCAUAGCAACAGACAGCAGUCAUAUGCGUCCGUCGUGCCAUCAACUGGCAAAUUGUUCGAAAAAAAAGAAACCCGUAUUUCAAUCACAGUAACCUUGAUUGCACUGUCAGCAUUCUGUCUUUGAACGUGCCGGGUGUGACAGCUACUGUCAAAGCGCGUAUUUGGAUUUACACUUACUGGGAUUAUGUCGCAAGCGAUAUAACACACACACGCGCGCGCGCAAACUGACAUUUCAUUUUGUGGCUACUAUAGGUAAGAGAAGGAAAAUUAUAAACAUCCGGCGACCGUACCCGGGGACUCGUUUGUCCGAGUAUCGCGGAGAGAUGUGUAGUGAAUGAAACAAUAAUUACAUUUAAUUGUAUGAUUCUGACAGCAAAACAUCAACAGAGAAAACUAAAACAAAAAGUUUGAGAUAAAUAUGGAAACAUAAACAAACUGAAAAGAAUCAGCUAGAGAGCAGACAGCAAAAAAACAAGUGUAUGAAUUGUUAUAUUUUUCAAAUAAAAUAAUAUGAAAUAAACUCAA